AUGGCUUCACGGGAUCCGAUCUGUCAAGCGGUGAAUUUGGCUGAUGGCCAGCCGUGCACUGCUGUAGCAACAACGUGGGAAAAUCUAUUCUGUAGAUUCCACGGGAAACAGUGCCAUGGGUUGUACAUAGGUUACAAGAGGCGAAAUGCUAAGCUAGAUGCUCUAUCAGAAAACCUCCCGCCUUACUUGCGGGACUCUCAAGUCUCGUUAGCUAAUGAGACGUUUGACGUCAAAGAUGAAAAAACCUUAAGAGAAAUACAUGCCCAUCUCUACCAAGAGUAUGUGCUACUAGGGAAAGUGAUAGAUGCUAGGAAGCUUCACCACAAGCACUUCUAUCCACUUCAAAUGGACUAUGGUCACCAAGCCUAUCUAGACACGCUUUCUAAUCGACGUCAUAUCGUAUUGCGUGCCCUAGAGAAACUCGAGACCCGCACCGCUCAAGUCCUCUACGAGAAAGAGAAAUGGUACACAUGGGUUCGCGAUGCUCAAAAGGAAGAAGAAGCAACGCGAGAAAAGGAGUCUAAGAAGGUGAAGCUAGAAGCGGCCAUGUUCAAGCGACAUUGGAAAAAGAUGGAGGCUCGCUUGCGAGCUCAGCGCAAGAAAGAAGAGAAGCAACGGCAAGAUGCCUACCUCGAAGAAGCGUACAAGGAGCGCAUGUCUGCAACAGAAAACGAAGAUGACGCGGAGAUGUGGGAUCCUAUCGAAGAUGUCAUUGAAGACGAACGUAGUCGAUAUGUGGAUCUAAUCAAGCACUUCUUAUGGAUGGAACUUCUCGCCGACGUUGAUGAGAAUGAGGAUUCUGCUGGGCAAGCUGCCGCGUCAUCUGAAUUAUCUGCGGACGUAGAGAAGCUUGCGAUCUCGGAAGACAAGCAACCUAAGAAAGGUAAAAAGAAGUCCAAGUCGAAGGCUGCAAAAGCGGCUAGUACACCAAAUAAGGCCAAACCGCAGAACGCUACCACGUCUAAGGCCCGCAGGACGGGCCAAAGCCGAAUCAUGGAAAUGAUCGAUGACGACGAGGAGGCGCCUGAAGAUCUUCCGGAGCCGGAUAAGAGCAACAUCGAAACUGAAAGCGAAAUGCGGAAACGACUUAAAGAAGGUGUCGAGAAGAAUUAUGAUCAUAUCGAAGGACCAAUCUUGGUAGGAACAUUAGAAGUUCCUCAUGGCACACACUUAAAAACAGCCCCCUUGUCAGACGAGGAGAUCGAUUCUCUCACGAAGGACAUCAAGGAAAUCAAGCUACUAUUAUUCUGCCGACUCCUGUUGUCUCAUGCUUCACUGCUUCCAGCCGCUGUGAGGGCCUCAAGUGUGGAGGAAUUUCUCAGCGAUCCAGAGAUAGCCUCGUCCGACUUGCGAGACCUCUGUCUUAAGGUCGAGCGGCCUAGUCUUCAGGACAUACGAGAUGCUUGUGCUGACCUUAUGAGGGGAGACGAACCCGAAGCUGAAGAUGACGAAGACGACGUACCCGAGGAAGAGUCUUUUGAGGAUGUCAUAUUACAAGAGCAUCGAUAUGGUCACCUCCAAGACCCCGAGUGGUUUUUGAACAACAUGCUUGCCCAGCGUCGGAAGCUCAUCAGUAGCGAAGGGGGUCUUGCGAAGCUCAAGAAAAAUUUCAGCAAGAAGCCUCAAAAGCAAAAGAAGAUGAAAAUCCAAGUCUGUGGCAAGAGCAUAUGGAAUUAUUCGAGCGAGAACUCGAUGUCACGAGAUGGUUGGCUUCAAUUCUCUGUCAUGGCGAAGGAUUGCGACUUAAGACACGCUGUUCAGCUUUGUAGAAACUGGGAUGAGUUUUCGCGGCUGAACUUCCUGACUGUUUGGCAAUACUUCCCUGCUUCGAAUUGGGUUUCUUGGGGCAGCGAUAGGCUCACGCAGCAACUGCAUGAAUUGGGCUUCUUCCCAUAUUUCAAAGAUUUCGAGGCUCAGAAGCAUAGCCAUUUCCACCAAAUUGGAGGUCGAAGCCAACACCGACGCCAACACAGCAUUUUCGAGGUCAGGAACAUUAUCGUCGGCCACAUGAGACGAAAUGACUCAGUAACUCGCCGGUUUCUCCAAUACUGCACUAUGCGGACGGGCGAAUUGUUGCUGCUCGUGCGAGAUGGUAAGACGGGUAAGAUAAUCACCGCUCCCGAAGAGGAGCAUCUAUGGACCAUGCGACGUAAGGAGGGCCUUGGUCGUGCUUCUAAGAACGAGUGGGACAUAAUGCUCGAAGUUGGGCCCGAGUAUUUUGACAUGGUAGACAUACUUCGAAGGUGGCGCCUGGGUUUCGAAGAUUACUACGAGGUCUGGUUAUGGGACUUCGUCCCUUGUAACGAUCCAAUUACUCUAUAUAACGUGAUCGUUACGGAACUUCGCAAAGCUUGGCGAGUUACCAAACCCCUUGACAUAUAUACGCACAGGGAGCCUUUCCUACGCAGUCUUACGAGGAAUCAGGAAACGAUGCGCGUCCGCUCUAUCCAACCUGGAGAAAAUGUUCCAAGCCUAUGGGACGACAUUCAUCACCCAUCUAACAAAUUCUUAACUACUGAUUUAUUAAACAAGACGGUCCUUGAAACGAACGGCGAAGCACAUGAACAUGCUUCGCCAUACCUAUUCUACAACGAAGCAGACGCUGCCGAAGACUUGAUCCUUUUCUCUGAUGAGUUGAUCUCGCCUAAUCGAAACGUUCCUUUCAGGGAAGUCAGCAACUCGAUCACUCGCUUAGAAACGACGCCUGCUACUAUGAUCAACGUCCUGGCUGAAGAAGCUAGAGAGUUGAGCAAACGCGACAAGAUCAAGGACUUAACCAACCUACCCGAAGCAGACGGUGACGAAGACUGGAGCACUGAACCCGAAUCUUAUAUGGAAGAAGACGAGAUGAAGAUAACGACACAUUGGAGUCUGCCGCAGAUAUGGGAAGAUUCGAUCGCGAUAGUCAAUCAUAGACAUAUCAGCAGCGAGAGAAAACAACUUUUACGUCGAGUUGGCCUUCUGAGCGAGGGUUCGAACGUAAUUCGUGGAGGUAUAAAUAGCUUAUAUGGUGUAGAAUCCAAGUUGAAGACUGCAGACAAAACCAUGGUCAUGGAAAAGGACCGCGGCGCUGCUCUGGUAGAGGCCUUCCAUGCCGGAGACCUGGAACCCGGUGCCCAGGAGAAAUACGCCGAGACUUGCAAGAUUAUGCGUGGUAUCCUUGGACCUCAGAAAACUUUCGGCACGACGGAAUGGGUUUGGUUCUUGGUUAACGUUCUCGACUGGCUCGGGAUCAGGACCGAUUAUACAACCUACAGCCACGAGGCGCGAGCAGGAUGGCCACACCCGUUCAUCACCCAGGAUAUUGUCAAAGCUUUUGUUGCGAUGGCUAUGUUCUUCCCUGGCCUUGAACAGACGAAACCCGUAUCAGAUUUCUUUGAUUCGAAAGAAGGGAGCGAAUUUAAGGACAGCUUGCUUUUCAAACCCCACGAACGCGCGAAGACGCUCCCAGAUUGCCGUACAAGGGCAAGCUUUAAAUAUCGGCCAAAAUCGUUCUGGAAGGAAUGGGAGGAAGUGCUGAAAGACGCCAAGGAGAACAAGAAAUUUUUCGCAGAUAUUUACCCUAUGAAAUGGAGUGUUGCCAUACGCCCCAUCAUCGCGAAAUUAUACCUUGCCGGCAUUAUCGCCCCAGCAUACAUCCAAAACGACCCCCUCGUCGUCCCCGGCUUCACCGUCGCCGCCGAGGAACCGCACCGGCCGGGGAAGCUAGACUUAUUCAUGGACUACGCCGACCGCCACGGUGCGAUCCAGUACCCGCAGAACAUCCCGGGCUUCGUCAGCCCCUCCGACUGGCCCGUCCUACUUCCGCUCGCCCGCUCCUUCGCGUCUCAGCACGAGUCCAACGCCAGGUUCGCCAUCCUCCGCGUCUGGUCCGCGCCGCACUUCUACCCGGCCAUGCUCGGCGACUGGAACCGGCACGCGACCGCUUUCCUGGACGGGUACGCCCGCUCCUGGAUCUGGAAGUUCAUCCCGAAGGACAUGCCCAUCAGCGAGUGGAGCAUGUACAACACCCUCAAGCUAAGGCUGGAGCUGCUGAAGGACCAGCUCAAAGUGGGAGAACGCGUUGUUCAUCGUAACGAGGUUAUCCUGGUCAUGGGGACUGACGAGGUCGAUUUGUUGAAGUAUGUCACGGCGGUGACGUUCGCGAUCCAGACGAAGCCGUGGCAUCGCGAGAUUGACCUCUGGAAGAGCUUCGUUAAUGUCGAUUUGGAGUUUUUGGAGGACUUGGAUCCGUAUUGGCUUGAUUAG